AUGAUUGUUAAAAUGGAUCCCGAUGAAUUGAUUACGUUUCGGGUGCAGUAUCUUGUCGAUACUGAUCCUCGAUUGUACAUCAAUGUAUCCCAUACCACACGAGCACCAACGUAUGCCUUUGCCGCCACCCUGCCAUUGGCCACACAAUUGGGCACCAUCUUGCGUUUAUUGAAUGCACCUCAAAGGAUCGAUGAUGCUGCCAUACAAGUCUAUAAAGAUGGUGAUUAUGGUUCCUAUUUGGAUUUGGAAUCAUCAUUGGCUGAACAGUCGGAAGAAAUUGAAGGUCUUAAUUCUAGUCGCAAAAAUUCUUUAGUGGUACGCACCCAGUUGAGUGUCAGAGUACAUGCGAUUAUUGAAAAACUCUUGUCUGCUGAAGGAAGUGAUUUGAGACGUGCCUUCUCACUAAAACAAGUCUUCCAAGAGGAUAAAGAUCUUGUGCAUGCCUUUGUGGCAUUAGGAGGACUCAACUGUUUGGUGCGUGUUGGUAAUGGUGCUGAUCAAAACUAUCAAAAUUAUAUAUUGCGUGCAUUGGGCCAGGUGAUGCUUUAUGUGGAUGGCAUGAAUGGCGUUAUGAAACAUGAACCCACAAUGCAGUGGCUCUAUUCAUUAAUCGCCUCAAAUUAUCGUUCAGUGGUUAAGACUGCAUUAAAAUUAUUGUUGGUCUUUGUGGAAUAUGCUGAAUCCAAUUGCCAUGUUUUGGUUAGUGCCAUACAUGCGGUGGACAAACAACAAGGCACAUUGCCAUGGUCAAAUAUUAUGAGGUGUACUUUUUUAAAAGACUACGAUAAUGCCGAUGCUGAAUUGGUAAUAUAUGCUGCUUCGCUUAUCAAUAAAACCCUAGAGGGUUUAAAUGAUCAAGAUAGUUUUUACGAUGAAAGUGAUUUGUUGGAACAACAAGGUAUGGAAUCUGUGAUACAACAUUAUAUGUCCAAACCGGGAACGGAUAUGGAUCUAUUAAAUCAAUUGCAACUUUAUGAAGCAGUAUUGAAAUUUGAAGACGGUGAAUCGGAUGGUACCCGACUGCCCGACAACACUUUACGUAAGACUCAACGUUUUCGCAGUUCUACCGAUACGGCUGAACGUCGAAAAUCAAGACGUCAUAGCACGGGCACUAGUCCUGGUAAUAUAAAUAAAGUCCUACCCACUCAUAUGCGCUUAACACCCACCCAACCGGCCUUGGAUGAGGAUAGUUCGAGUUCAACGAAUUCGGCGGAAUUUAGUGGUGGGGUUUUUGCGGAAAAGAAACCCCGUGAUGGUGCUGGUGUUACACCUGGUCUCAGACGUCGUCGUGAACGAGCCGAGAGACAUCGUAGUUUCCUUAAAGAGCAACAGGAAGCUGCUGCAGCGGUGGCUGCUAAUGGUUAUAUGAAUUCGGCCGAUAAAAGAGAAGAUAUGGAAUCCGAUAAUGAGGAUAAAAAACUGUUACUACAACUAAAACGUGAUCACACUGUUAAAGAUUUAACCCAGAAACUAUGUAAUUUACCCACAAGUCCUACACAGGAUGAUAAAUUACAAAACCGUAUUGUUGGCGAUAUGUCGGGUUUAAUAUCGAAAGCGAAAGAGGGUCUGGCAAAGAGUAAAAGUAAAGGCGAAAUGUCAAGAUCCUCUAGUGUCGAUCAGGAAAUCAAAAAACCCGAACCGAAAAAAUCCGAAAACGAUCUACAAUGGGAAGAAUUGGUACGCAACAUUUCAAGACCACUCAAUUUGUGUGAUCUCGACUUUACCGAUCUGAACUCGGAAGACGAAAAGGAUAUAUUAGCUCCCAGAGGCUUUGGUAGAGGCAUACCACCACCACCUCCCCCAAUAGGAGGUGUGGCGCUACCACCACCCAUGAUGCCUACACAUUUAGUGUGUCCACCACCCAUGAAUCAUCCCAUGUCCAUGUCAAAUACCAGUAAUGGUAGUGGUGCUCUUAUACCACCACCCAUGUUUAGUUAUAGUGGUUAUGGUAAUGCCAGUCUAACGAAUAGUUUUAAUAGUUCCAUGAAUGGUUCGAUAAAUGGUGAUAUGAGUAGUAUGAAUACGAUUAAGAAAAAUAAGAAAACGGUCAAACUCUUUUGGAAAGAGGUUAGAGAAGAUUUAAUACCCGUAUCUGUGGGUAAAACUAUUUGGGAUGAAUUACCUGCCGCCAAUGUUGAUACACAAAAAUUAGAACAUUUGUUUGAGUCCCGAGCCAAAGAUUUAAUGACAAAGAAACAACAAGAAAUGAAUAAAAGCAAAGAAGUCAUUGUACUCGAUCAUAAACGAUCGAAUGCUAUCAAUAUUGCAAUGACAAAAUUGCCACCACCGCGAGCCAUUAAGGCGGCUAUUUUGAAAAUGGAUGCUACUGUGGUGACGCGAGAGGGUAUCGAUAAGUUGUUGAAUAUGUUACCCACUGACGAGGAGAAGGGUAAAAUACAAGAAGCUCAGAUGGCUAAUCCAGAGUUGCCUUUGGGCAGUGCUGAACAAUUCUUAUUAACUUUGGCUUCAAUCUCCGAAUUGGCUGCUAGGUUAAGAUUAUGGGCAUUCCGUUUAGAUUUUGAUAAUAGUGAGAAAGAAAUUGCUGAACCUUUAAUGGACCUAAAACAGGGCAUUGAAAUUCUUAAAAAUAAUCGUACAUUCAAAUGUAUUUUGUCAACUUUACUAUCAGUGGGCAUCUUUUUAAAUGGUGCUCCCGUUAAGGGCUUCCAAAUAGAAUACUUAUCAAAGGUUCCCGAGGUUAAAGAUACCGUGCAUAAACAUUCACUACUACACCAUAUGUGUCACAUGGUCAUGGAGUCCGGUAAUGAAACUACAGAUUUAUAUUCCGAAAUUGGUCCCAUUACCAGAGCCUCUAAGGCUGAUUUUAAUGAUUUGGCUCAUAAUCUAUCCCAGUUGGAACAUGAAUGCAAAGCUUCUUGGGAUCGUUUGAAGUUAAUAGCUAAACACGAUUGUCCACCUCAGUUGAAACAGAAAUUGGUCGACUUUUUAGCUGAUUGUGCUGAGAGAAUUAUUAUUCUACAAGUUGUUCACCGCAGAAUUAUGAAUAGAUACCGCAAAUUUUUAUUGUGGUUGGGCGUGCCUCAACAUAGUGUGGCCGAUUCAAGACCUAAUGAAUUCUGUCGCAUUGUUUCCGAAUUUGCUUUAGAAUAUCGCACCACUAGGGAAAGAGUUCAACAGCAAAUCGAAAAGAAAGCCAAUCAUAGAGAAAGAAAUAAGACUAGAGGCAAAUUGAUUGUCGAUAUUGCCAAAUUUAAAACCAAAGAAGAUAAACAAGAUGCUGAAUUAAAAUCCCUUUUGGGCACACCCAACGCCGAUACACCCGAUGGUACUUUAACCUGGCGACGUCGACGUGCCGAAAAUUUACGUUCACCCGUUUUGCGACAAAGCGAAGAGAAUUUCACCGAUGGUGAUGACGAAAUCUUAGAGUCUUUAGUAAAAACCGCCACCAAAGCCCCCGGCACUAGAACAACACCCAGAGAACGUAAACGUACUCGUCAUGCUGAUAGAAAAUCAUUGCGUCGUACUCUUAAGAACGGUUUAACCGAAGAAGAAAAACUACAAGUAGCAGCUUUAAUAAAAACCUAUUAAGAAUUUUUAUAACAAAUUGACUGAUUUUUAAAGAUUUUGCUAAAUAUUUAUUAAAACAACUGAUGCUAAAAUCAACAGCAGACUGAAUACGGAAAAAUUUUGAAAAUCAAAGUUGGAAAAAAAUAAGCCAACCACAAUUUAAAGACGAUCUCAAGCAAAAAAGGAUUUAUAUAAAUGGUUUCAAAACUAUAAACAAAAGGUGGAUACAGGAAUUGAAAAGAUGAAAAAACAAUAACCAGUUUGAAAAUAAACUAGAAAAAAUACGAUAAAAAUGUAAAACUUUUAAAACAACGAUUAAGAAAUCGAAAAAAAAAGAUUUCAAAAUGUAUAAAUUAU